AUGGAGGGAGAACUGUCGGGAAUCAAAAAUGAAAGACAGAUCGCGUGGUUCGGAUUCUCGGCCGUGUCAUUCAACGAUUGCGGUAAGAGUUAGAUUUGUCUCCCUUAUGAGUGCUGUUCAUUUCAGUAUUCAAUGCCUUCGUGGAUUCAUGGGAAGAAGUGUGCAACGAGGAGUUCCGAGGCAAGCUGAAAAAGGUUUUACUGUCGAUUUUUACAGAGUAUGUCCAUGCUAAAUUUCUAUCCGUUUUCAGUUCAAUGAGAAGGCCCGAGUUGACUUCCUCUCGUUUCCUUUCCUGGACAAAUCGAUGGAGAAACUGUUCAAAAUGAUGAAGGUUUACUUAUAAUUUCAUUUUUUCAAUCUGAUAUUCUUUUUUCCAGAGAUAUUGUGUCUCCGACAUUUUCAAUCUUCCCGAUUCAGUCACUCUCCCAGAAUGCGUAAGUUAUUAUUUUCAAUCGAUAUACAAUGUUGAGAUGUUCAGAAACAAAUGCAAAUUGCGGCGGCCAAGGAAGCAACAAAAAAUCAAGCUCAGGCCGAGAAAGAGCUUGCCGCGAAGCUGGAACAGAUCCGACUGGUAUAUAAAUACUAAUUUUCAGGCUAGCAUCUCUACCCUUUUGCAGCUGCGAAUCAAAAUUGUCGAGCGAAGAAACCAUAUUGUUGCCGUGAACGAAUCGAUCGAAGUGUUGCACGAAAUGGAAAAGGGCGAAGAGCAGCUGAUAAAGCGGAAGAACAAGGUGCUCGACAGUCCCGCCCGGAAGAUGUCCCCCGUCUAA